AUUUCAAGAGUGGGGAUGUACACACCUGAAGAAAUGAAUAAACAUGAAUGUGUGCUAGUGCCAAUAUGUGACAUGCUGCAUUGGUGGCUCAUUGCAUACAAUAUUAGAGCAGGCAAACUCUAUGUGUUAUGCAGUAUGGGGUGGCAAAAAAGUGAAGUUGCAUCCAGUAUACGAAGAUAUUUUCAGCAUGUGAGGCAAGAGCAAAGAUGGCCAGAAGACAUUGCUCAAAUUUCCCAACCUAUAUAUGCCGACGUGAUACAACAAGCAAAUGGUUAUGACUGUGGCAUAUUCGUGACAGAAUUUGCGAGAAGAAUAACAGAGGGGGUAAAGUUGAGAAAAGAUAUCAUGAUUCUUAAUCACUUUGUUUACUCUGUUCAUAUAAAGAUAGUGUUGUUUUUGAUAGGGAGAAGUUGGUCCUGGAUUACUUGUCGAUAUCCAUGUAAAUAGUAAAAGACCAUACCUUAAAAAACUGAUUCGAAGCUUUGCCAUUUAGCGAAGCAAUUUGUAAUGAAGCAGAAUUUAAGUUUAAAGCUAGUGCAUAUGAAUAACAUUCUUAUAUUUAUAACAAGUGAUGUAAAUAAUUUUUUUACAAGUAACGACGUUACAUAUAAUUGUUACUUUUGCAGAAACUAUAUGGGUAACUAUGAAGUAAUAUUUUGUACAGAUAAAACUAUUCAUAAAAACAAGUUUAAAUUUUUCGAAAAACGAAA